UCCUCCUCCAUUAAUGGCGGUGGUAGAAACUCUUAAUCUUCGUGAACAAGCAGGAAUUGCAGUUUCUGACACUGCUGAGAAUCUUCAUCUUCAUUAUCAUAACCAACCCCUUCAUACACAUCAUCAGCAACAAGUGGAAGCAGCAGUAGUGAAAGAAAUCCGCUAUAGAGGAGUAAGAAGAAGACCAUGGGGUAGAUUUUCUGCUGAGAUACGAGAUCCGUGGAAGAAAGCGCGAAAAUGGUUAGGUACUUUUGAUACAGCUGAAGACGCAGCAAUGGCUUAUGAUGAAGUAGCUAGAAAUCUAAGAGGACCUAAAGCAAAAACUAAUUUUGGAAACGGUAUUAUUAGGUCUAUGCAUCAUCAGCAGCAGCAGCCAUGGAGGGAUAAUAAUCAUCAUCAUUUUGUUAGUACCGGACUGAAUAUGUUUUCUUCACCGGCGACGAGUAGUCCACCACCAGUGAUUAAUAGUAUUUCUUCUGCUGCUUCUUCAGGUGAGGAUUUUAGUACUGGUUAUAGAUUUGAUCAUGCUGUGGAAGUUUCUAUUAGAAAUGAAGAAGAGAUCCAGAAGAAGAAAAAAACUCCAUUGUCAUUUGAUCUUAAUCUUCCUCCUCCUGAUAAUUAUUAUCAUCACGGUGGUGAUGACAUUUUGACCCUCCUUAUGAUAUGAUGAUGGAUAUUGAAACCUCCGACCGGCUACUAUGAUAAGCGGAUGACAGAAUUUCUAUAUUAGGGAGGAUUAUGAUCUCUUUUAAA